ACGACCGUUACCUUAUGAAAUCUCUCUAGCUCUGGAGACAACCUCUCUCUGAUGAAUGCAAGCUAAUGUGGAGGCUGAGCUGUCUAGUAAGAGUGGCCAGGCCUUGGGCAGCUACCAGAUCACCUGUACUUAAAUGUGGUGUUAGGACAACCUUAUGUGCUCGUUCUUUUUCUUCAACAAUCGCCAAGUCCCCUGGCAGCAAGGGACACAGCAAGGGACAGCUGUGGCUACUGAUAAUCCCCGCGACGACGUUCUGUCUGGGGACAUGGCAGAUAUACAGACUACAGUGGAAGAUUGACCUCAUUGAGAAGUUGGAGAAAAAGACGAAGAGAUCUCCUGUACCUAUACCCACAGAUAUUGCUGAGAGACUGGAGGAUUAUGAGUACAGACGAGUUCGUCUCCAUGGUCACUUUGACCACAGUAAAGAGUUACAUAUGUGGCCACGCACACUCUACACCGGAGAGGCCACACCCACCAGAGGAGGCCCGGAGCCGGGAGCCUACAUAGUGACACCGUUCUUCUGUGAGGAACUGGGUCGUUUUGUGCUCAUUAAUAGAGGUUGGGUCCCCAAGAGGAGAAUGGCCCCCUCCAGUAGGGCUCACGGACAGGUGGAGGGUCGUGUGUCACUGACGGCUGUAGUGCGUACUGAUGAGAGUAGACCAUCCUUCUCCCCUAAAAACGAUCCCCCUGCCAACCGAUGGGGGUACAGAAACGUGACAGAGAUGGCAACGUGUGCCGAUACAGCUCCAAUAUUCCUCGACGCUGACUCAACUACAACGGUUCGUGAUGGUCCUAUUGGAGGUCAGACUCGUGUGAUCCUGAGGAACGAACACCUGCAGUACGUGUUUACAUGGUACGCCCUUUCACUGUUCACUGGCUACAUGUUCUAUCAGCUGUGGAGGAAGUCAAAAAGGAGGAGAUAACUGUAGAAUCACAUGUGACUUUCAGAUACAGACAAUAACAGCAAUUACUUGCACAAUUUGUGUAAACACUUGUGCGGUGCAUGUAUUGAAUUAUAUAUAUAAUAUUUUGUUGAUGAUAAUCAUGUUCUGAAUAAUCCCUAAA